CCUAAUAUGGAAUGCAGCAGGAAACCCAUGAUUUCCUGACACUCCGCAAGCUGGAGGAAGCAAGGGGAAAACUCCAUUUAAAAGCCCAGCUUUCCUCCAUGUUAGAUGUGAAGUGGAAAAUGGGGAAGAUUCAGCAAAAUUCCACCGUGUCUUCAGCCAGGAUGGAGAGGCGGAGAGCAGAGUGAAAUCCUCAGGUUGCUGAAAUUUCCAGACUUCCAGGAAGCCUCUAGAACUCCGUGAAAAUGAGGGUUUCUGAACUCAAUCUGAUAGGGAAAAGGGACAGACCCUUUUAAUAAUUCUCCCAAGUGUAUGUUACCUUUCUUCACCAGCAUGGGAAGCGAGAGGGCAUGUGCCAGUUGCCUCGGACAAGUCUGCAUGGUCCCAGGUACCCAAAGUAAGGCAAAGUGAUCUCAGAUUGGCUGUGGCUUCCCACCGUUUCAUGGGCUUUGGGAGAAGCAGGAGACUCAGCAACAGUAGCAGCACAGUCACAGCAGCUGGAGCCGCAAGAAUGAACUGCAAAGAGGUAAAUGACAGCAGCUGCAGCUGCGGUAGCAGUGAGGAGAAGAAGAUGCUGAAGUGCGUGGUGGUCGGGGACGGCGCUGUGGGGAAAACCUGCCUGCUGAUGAGCUACGCCAAUGAUGCCUUCCCAGAGGAGUACGUGCCCACUGUGUUUGACCACUAUGCAGUUACCGUGACAGUGGGAGGCCAGCAGCACUUGCUCGGACUGUAUGACACCGCAGGACAGGAGGACUACAACCAGCUGAGGCCUCUCUCCUACCCCAACACUGAUGUGUUUUUGAUCUGCUUCUCGGUCGUCAAUCCUGCCUCUUACCACAAUGUCCAGGAGGAAUGGGUGCCGGAGCUGAAGGACUGCAUGCCUCAUGUGCCUUAUGUCCUCAUAGGAACCCAGAUUGAUCUCCGCGAUGACCCCAAAACCUUGGCCCGUUUGCUGUACAUGAAAGAAAAACCUCUCACUUACGAGCAUGGUGUGAAGCUUGCAAAAGCGAUCGGAGCACAGUGCUACCUGGAAUGCUCGGCCCUGACUCAGAAAGGUCUGAAAGCUGUGUUUGAUGAAGCCAUCCUCACCAUCUUCCACCCCAAGAGAAAGAAGAAACACUGCCCCGCGUGCCACGGCUGCUGCUCAGUUAUCUGAGGUGGCUUGAGACCCACCUCCGCCCCAUCUAGAACGGCAGCCAGCUUCCACCACCAAGGUCAAGCCAAUAAGGAGGACACGACCCGAGAGGAAGUCCCUUCACACGGAGGCUCCGUCUCCGCCCUGCGAGCACCCCCAAGCACAGCCCACUAACCAGCCAGAAGCAUCCACCUUGCACACUCUGCCAGAAGGCUGAGCCGGGUUUCAGCCGGUGCCACUGCUGACACGUUGGAAACAGAGUCAAAGCCUGUCUUGCAUCUGUCCCUCCCAUGAACGUGAGGCCGUAGGAAAUCUAAGAGAGGCACUAGGUUCCUGUACUGGUGGCCUGACUUGAUGUCUUUUACAAAACAUGGGAAAACAAUACCAACCUCUUUUUCUGCAUCUGCUAUUCUUCCUAUGUGUCUUACAUUCAUAUGUAUUAUUUUGAGAAAUUUACUAACUCCCCAGUUUAUUCACGCCUCACAAAUCCAUACUAAAUUAGCCUAACGUGUUUUAUAUUCAUUUCUAUCUUCAGCCUGUUCCUACCAAAGCUAUUAGAACCAACUUGUACCUCUGAAUGCCUGACUAUGAGAUGAUACAAGAAAACGUUAGAACUUUUGGAAACUUCAGAGCCAUGGUUUUUGAACCCAGUUGAAAAAAAUGUUGUGUGAACAGUUGCAGGUUACAUUUUUGCCAAAGAUUCACCCUGGAAAUGCUUACAUUGAUAAGUAGCCUUAUUUUUUCUGUAUUAUAUAUUGUCAUUGCAAAUUAGGAAUGAAGUGUGUUUAAUAAAGUUGUAUUUUUGCUUUUCA